UCACUUGCUUAAGCAACAUAUAAACAAGGCAAGCAAAAAAAAAAAGAAGAAAAGAAAAUGGCUUUCUCACGCCUCUCAUUUGCUGCUUCUCUCGUCGUCUUCUCAUCUCUAAUCAUCUCUUCAGUUGCUUAUUAUGGCAAUGAAGCCGACCCAGAGACCGGAAAAUUGAUUCCGAUCGCCGUUGAAGGGGUCAUCAUGUGCAAGUCCGGUGGCAAAACUUACCCAAUUAAAGGUGCAACGGCAAGAAUCGCAUGUGUGAAGGUCGAUGCAUAUGGCAAAGAGAUAGCUCCAAUAUCAAUAAUGAGCAGCAAAACUGAUGCUAAAGGUUACUUUUUCGCCACGAUAUUCCCUUCGCAGCUUCGUGCAGGAAGGACAGUGACCAAAUGCAAAGCUUACCUUUACAAAUCUCCACUCGCUGAUUGCGAUUUCCCGACCGAUGUGAACAAAGGUGUUAGAGGACAGACAUUGAGCAAGUACCGUGUUCUUGAAGACAAGAGUUUCAAGCUUUACUGGGCUGGUCCUUUCUUCUACACCUCUGAACCUACUUACUACUAAUUAUGAUCUUUUGAUCAACGUGAAAUUUAACAUGUUCUGAGAUGGAGAAUCUUUUCAUUUGUUUGAUUCGUCGUAAAAUGAUUGUCU